ACAGACGAGAACAUUGAGGUCUGGAGAGGUUGUUACACCCUCUUUCCCUCUUGUGAUUGGUGGUAGGAAAAUAUUAAGUAGAGGAGAGGCACAGUAAAGUGCCAAGAGCUCUGGCACUCCUUACCUAGAUCCUGGAGUGAGGGUGGAGUGAGUGUUUGAAACGCUCAUGCCUACUUUAUAGAUGGACAGACUGAGGAUCGGAAAGACUAAGGUGGCCUGGGGGCUGUCAGGGAGGCAGCGCCUCCCCUCUCCUAGCAAUAGGUCUCUGUGGGCUGAAACACGAGCCUCCACCUGCCGCUGAUUGACUUGAUUUUUUCAGUGGGCCCAAGAUCCUGUAAAUUGAGUUCCCUGUGCUUUUGGAUGUCAGAAACUUCACUGAGAGCGGCACUGCUGCGGGGCAGGAGAAAGAGCUGACCUGUCCUGGACGCAGCAUAACUAACGAAGCUGCUGCAGGAUGAGAAGAUGGCAGCGCGGCUGCUCGCACCACCAGGCCCUGAUAGUUUCAAGCCUUUCACCCCUGAGUCGCUGGCAAACAUUGAGAGGCGCAUUGCUGAGAGCAAGCUCAAGAAACCACCAAAGGCCGAUGGCAGUCAUCGGGAGGACGAUGAGGACAGCAAGCCCAAGCCAAACAGUGACCUGGAAGCAGGGAAGAGUUUGCCUUUCAUCUACGGGGACAUCCCCCAAGGCCUGGUUGCAGUUCCCCUGGAGGACUUUGACCCAUACUAUUUGACGCAGAAAACCUUUGUAGUAUUAAACAGAGGGAAAACUCUCUUCAGAUUUAGUGCCACGCCUGCCUUGUACAUUUUAAGUCCUUUUAACCUGAUAAGAAGAAUAGCUAUUAAAAUUUUGAUACAUUCAGUAUUUAGCAUGAUCAUUAUGUGCACUAUUUUGACCAACUGUGUAUUCAUGACUUUUAGUAACCCUCCUGACUGGUCGAAGAAUGUGGAGUACACGUUCACAGGGAUUUAUACAUUUGAAUCACUAGUGAAAAUCAUUGCAAGAGGUUUCUGCAUAGAUGGCUUUACCUUUUUACGGGAUCCAUGGAACUGGUUAGAUUUCAGUGUCAUCAUGAUGGCAUAUGUGACAGAGUUUGUGGACCUGGGCAAUGUCUCAGCGCUGAGAACAUUCAGGGUUCUCCGAGCUUUGAAAACUAUCUCUGUAAUUCCAGGCCUGAAGACAAUUGUGGGUGCCCUGAUUCAGUCUGUGAAGAAACUGUCAGAUGUGAUGAUCCUGACAGUGUUCUGUCUGAGUGUGUUUGCCUUGAUCGGACUGCAGCUGUUCAUGGGGAACCUUCGAAACAAGUGUGUUGUGUGGCCCAUAAACUUCAACGAGAGCUAUCUCGAAAAUGGCACCAAAGGCUUUGAUUGGGAAGAGUAUAUCAACAAUAAAACAAAUUUCUACACAGUUCCUGGCAUGCUGGAACCUUUACUCUGUGGGAACAGUUCUGAUGCUGGGCAAUGCCCAGAGGGAUACCAGUGUAUGAAAGCAGGAAGGAACCCCAACUAUGGUUACACAAGCUUUGAUACUUUUAGCUGGGCCUUCUUGGCAUUAUUUCGCCUUAUGACCCAGGACUAUUGGGAAAACUUGUAUCAAUUGACCUUACGAGCAGCUGGGAAAACAUACAUGAUCUUCUUCGUCUUGGUCAUCUUUGUGGGUUCUUUCUAUCUGGUGAACUUGAUCUUGGCUGUGGUGGCCAUGGCUUAUGAAGAACAGAAUCAGGCAACACUGGAAGAGGCAGAACAAAAAGAGGCUGAAUUUAAAGCAAUGUUGGAGCAACUUAAGAAGCAACAGGAAGAGGCACAGGCUGCUGCAAUGGCUACUUCAGCAGGAACUGUCUCAGAAGAUGCCAUAGAGGAAGAAGGUGAAGAAGGAGGGGGCUCCCCUCGGAGCUCUUCUGAAAUCUCUAAACUCAGCUCAAAGAGUGCAAAGGAAAGACGUAACAGGAGAAAGAAGAGGAAGCAAAAGGAACUCUCUGAAGGAGAGGAGAAAGGGGAUCCUGAGAAGGUGUUUAAGUCGGAGUCAGAAGAUGGCAUGAGAAGGAAGGCCUUUCGGUUGCCAGACAACAGAAUAGGGAGGAAAUUUUCCAUCAUGAAUCAGUCACUGCUCAGCAUCCCAGGCUCGCCCUUCCUCUCUCGCCACAACAGCAAGAGCAGCAUCUUCAGUUUCAGGGGACCUGGGCGGUUCCGAGACCCGGGCUCCGAGAAUGAGUUCGCGGAUGACGAGCACAGCACAGUGGAGGAGAGCGAGGGCCGCCGGGACUCCCUCUUCAUCCCUAUCCGGGCCCGCGAGCGCCGGAGCAGCUACAGCGGCUACAGCGGCUACAGCCAGGGCAGCCGCUCCUCACGCAUCUUCCCCAGCCUGCGGCGCAGCGUGAAACGCAACAGCACGGUGGACUGCAACGGCGUGGUGUCUCUCAUCGGCGGCCCUGGCUCCCACAUCGGCGGGCGUCUCCUGCCAGAGGCUACAACUGAGGUGGAAAUUAAGAAGAAAGGCCCUGGAUCUCUCUUAGUUUCCAUGGACCAAUUAGCCUCCUAUGGGCGGAAGGACAGAAUCAACAGUAUAAUGAGUGUUGUUACAAAUACACUAGUAGAAGAACUGGAAGAGUCUCAGAGAAAGUGCCCGCCAUGCUGGUAUAAAUUUGCCAACACUUUCCUGAUCUGGGAGUGCCACCCCUACUGGAUAAAACUGAAAGAGAUUGUGAACUUGAUAGUUAUGGACCCUUUUGUGGAUUUAGCCAUCACCAUCUGCAUCGUCCUGAAUACACUGUUUAUGGCAAUGGAGCACCAUCCUAUGACGCCACAAUUUGAACAUGUCUUGGCUGUAGGAAAUCUGGUUUUCACUGGAAUUUUCACAGCGGAAAUGUUUCUAAAGCUCAUAGCCAUGGAUCCCUACUAUUAUUUCCAAGAAGGUUGGAACAUUUUUGACGGAUUUAUUGUCUCCCUCAGUUUAAUGGAACUGAGUCUAGCAGACGUGGAGGGGCUUUCAGUGCUGCGAUCUUUCCGAUUGCUCCGAGUCUUCAAAUUGGCCAAAUCCUGGCCCACCCUGAACAUGCUAAUCAAGAUUAUUGGAAAUUCAGUGGGCGCCCUGGGCAACCUGACACUGGUGCUGGCCAUUAUUGUCUUCAUCUUUGCCGUGGUGGGGAUGCAGCUCUUUGGAAAAAGCUACAAAGAGUGUGUCUGCAAGAUCAACCAGGACUGUGAACUCCCUCGCUGGCACAUGCAUGACUUUUUCCAUUCCUUCCUCAUUGUCUUUCGAGUGUUGUGCGGGGAGUGGAUUGAGACCAUGUGGGACUGCAUGGAAGUGGCAGGCCAGGCCAUGUGCCUCAUUGUCUUUAUGAUGGUCAUGGUGAUUGGCAACUUGGUGGUGCUGAACCUGUUUCUGGCCUUGCUCCUGAGCUCCUUCAGUGCAGACAACCUGGCUGCCACAGAUGAUGAUGGGGAAAUGAACAACCUCCAGAUCUCAGUGAUCCGUAUCAAGAAGGGUGUGGCCUGGACCAAACUAAAGGUGCAUGCCUUCAUGCAGGCCCACUUUAAGCAGCGUGAGGCCGAUGAGGUGAAGCCUCUGGAUGAGUUGUAUGAAAAGAAGGCCAACUGCAUCGCCAAUCACACCGGUGCAGACAUCCACCGGAAUGGCGACUUCCAGAAGAAUGGCAAUGGCACAACCAGCGGCAUUGGCAGCAGCGUGGAGAAGUACAUCAUUGAUGAAGACCAUAUGUCCUUCAUCAACAACCCCAACUUGACUGUGCGGGUACCCAUUGCUGUGGGGGAGUCUGACUUUGAGAACCUCAACACAGAGGAUGUUAGCAGCGAGUCGGAUCCUGAAGGCAGCAAAGAUAAACUAGAUGACACCAGCUCCUCUGAAGGAAGCACCAUUGAUAUCAAACCAGAAGUAGAAGAGGUCCCUGUGGAACAGCCUGAGGAAUACUUGGAUCCAGACGCCUGCUUCACAGAAGGUUGUGUCCAGCGGUUCAAGUGCUGCCAGGUCAACAUUGAGGAAGGGCUAGGCAAGUCUUGGUGGAUCCUGCGGAAAACCUGCUUCCUCAUCGUGGAGCACAACUGGUUUGAGACCUUCAUCAUCUUCAUGAUUCUGCUGAGCAGUGGUGCCCUGGCCUUCGAGGACAUCUACAUUGAGCAGAGAAAGACCAUCCGCACCAUCCUGGAAUACGCUGACAAAGUCUUCACCUAUAUCUUCAUCCUGGAGAUGUUGCUCAAGUGGACAGCCUAUGGCUUCGUCAAGUUCUUCACCAAUGCCUGGUGUUGGCUGGACUUCCUCAUCGUGGCUGUCUCUUUAGUCAGCCUUAUAGCUAAUGCCCUGGGCUACUCGGAACUAGGUGCCAUAAAGUCCCUUAGGACCCUAAGAGCUUUGAGACCCUUAAGAGCCUUAUCACGAUUUGAAGGGAUGAGGGUGGUGGUGAAUGCCUUGGUGGGCGCCAUCCCCUCCAUCAUGAAUGUGCUGCUGGUGUGUCUCAUCUUCUGGCUGAUUUUCAGCAUCAUGGGAGUUAACCUGUUUGCGGGAAAGUACCACUACUGCUUUAAUGAGACUUCUGAAAUCCGAUUUGAAAUUGAAGAUGUCAACAAUAAAACUGAAUGUGAAAAGCUCAUGGAGGGGAACAAUACAGAGAUCAGAUGGAAGAACGUGAAGAUCAACUUUGACAAUGUUGGGGCAGGAUACCUGGCCCUUCUUCAAGUAGCAACCUUCAAAGGCUGGAUGGACAUCAUGUAUGCAGCUGUAGAUUCCCGGAAGCCUGAUGAGCAGCCUAAGUAUGAGGACAAUAUCUACAUGUACAUCUACUUUGUCAUCUUCAUCAUCUUCGGCUCCUUCUUCACCCUGAACCUGUUCAUUGGUGUCAUCAUUGAUAACUUCAAUCAACAAAAGAAAAAGUUCGGAGGUCAGGACAUCUUCAUGACCGAAGAACAGAAGAAGUACUACAAUGCCAUGAAAAAGCUGGGCUCAAAGAAGCCACAGAAACCUAUUCCCCGCCCCUUGAACAAAAUCCAAGGAAUCGUCUUUGAUUUUGUCACUCAGCAAGCCUUUGACAUUGUUAUCAUGAUGCUCAUCUGCCUUAACAUGGUGACAAUGAUGGUGGAGACAGACACUCAAAGCAAGCAGAUGGAGAACAUCCUCUACUGGAUUAACCUGGUGUUCGUUAUCUUCUUCACCUGUGAGUGUGUGCUCAAAAUGUUUGCGUUGAGGCACUACUACUUCACCAUUGGCUGGAACAUCUUCGACUUUGUGGUAGUCAUCCUCUCCAUUGUGGGAAUGUUCCUGGCAGAUAUAAUUGAGAAAUACUUUGUUUCCCCAACCCUAUUCCGAGUUAUCCGAUUGGCCCGUAUUGGGCGCAUCUUGCGUCUGAUCAAAGGCGCCAAAGGGAUUCGUACCCUGCUCUUUGCCUUAAUGAUGUCUUUGCCUGCCCUGUUCAACAUCGGCCUUCUGCUCUUCCUGGUCAUGUUCAUCUUCUCCAUUUUUGGGAUGUCCAAUUUUGCAUAUGUGAAGCACGAGGCUGGUAUUGAUGACAUGUUCAACUUUGAGACAUUUGGCAACAGCAUGAUCUGCCUGUUUCAAAUCACAACCUCAGCUGGUUGGGAUGGCCUGCUGCUGCCCAUCCUAAACCGCCCCCCUGACUGCAGCCUAGAUAAGGAACACCCAGGGAGUGGCUUUAAGGGAGAUUGUGGGAACCCCUCAGUGGGCAUCUUCUUCUUUGUAAGCUACAUCAUCAUCUCCUUCCUAAUUGUCGUGAACAUGUACAUUGCCAUCAUCCUGGAGAACUUCAGUGUAGCCACAGAGGAAAGUGCAGACCCUCUGAGUGAGGAUGACUUUGAGACCUUCUAUGAGAUCUGGGAGAAGUUCGACCCCGAUGCUACCCAGUUCAUUGAGUACUGUAAGCUGGCAGACUUUGCAGAUGCCUUGGAGCAUCCUCUCCGAGUGCCCAAGCCCAAUACCAUUGAGCUCAUCGCUAUGGAUCUGCCAAUGGUGAGCGGGGAUCGCAUCCACUGCUUGGACAUCCUUUUUGCCUUCACCAAGCGGGUCCUGGGAGAUAGCGGGGAGUUGGACAUCCUGCGGCAGCAGAUGGAAGAGCGGUUCGUGGCAUCCAAUCCUUCCAAAGUGUCUUACGAGCCAAUCACAACCACGCUGCGUCGCAAGCAGGAGGAGGUAUCUGCGGUGGUCCUGCAGCGUGCCUACCGGGGACAUUUGGCAAGGCGGGGCUUCAUCUGCAAAAAGACAACUUCUAAUAAGCUGGAGAAUGGAGGCACACACCGGGAGAAAAAAGAGAGCACCCCAUCUACAGCCUCCCUCCCGUCCUAUGACAGUGUAACUAAACCUGAAAAGGAGAAACAGCAGCGGGCAGAGGAAGGAAGAAGGGAAAGAACCAAAAGACAAAAAGAGGUCAGAGAAUCCAAGUGUUAGAGGAGAACAAAAAUUCAGUAUUAUACAGAUCUAAAACUCGCAAGUGAAAGAUUGUUUACAAACUUCCUGAAAAUAUUAUCAAUGCAGAACAGCUGUGGAGACUCUAACCUGAAGAUCUAUACCAAACGUCGUCCGCUUACCACGUAACACAGCUGCAUCUUGAGCAGUGACCUGCCAAGGGCAAAGGACCCCGCUCCCUAGACUCACAGAUUUUCUAAUGCUUGGGCAGGUGGUUACUGCAUGUUCCACAUCAGUCAAUGCAACUUAGGACAAAACUAACCAGAUACAGAAACAGAAGAGAGGCUGCCGGGACCAGCAUAUUUCCGUUGCAGCCAAAUGGAUUUUAUUUUUUCAUUUUAUUGAUUCUCAGAAGCAGAAGGCAUCACUUUAAAAGUUCGUUUGUUCAUGCAAACUAUAUUUGCAUUCUUACAUUAGUUAAGCUAAGCAGCAAAAAGAAAACACACACACACUCACAUUUAGCCCAUGUCAUUUAAUUGUCAGUUUCUUUGACAUAAAGCGCAUCUUCUCCACAUGGGCUUCACGUGGUUUGGAGAUGGGUGGGGGAAAACAAUCAGGUUUCUUCAGGCUGAGGAGGACUUGCUCAGGCCGAUUCCAAACAUUGUGCUCGUUCAAUGCGUAGAAAUGAUUUGCAUGAUGGCAUGCCGUGAUCAGAAGUCAUGCAUGAGAUCCAUACACCACAGGACACUACUAAUCUAGUCCCUUGCAUUGGGUCAGCCUUUGGACAGGACCCAGCCCUGCACCGUUCACUGUAUUUGGAGAAAAUGGUAAGAGUUCCAUACCGGCUAUAAUUCUUUAUUAUGAGUUCUUAAAAGUCCUUCAUACACCUUCUGGGUAGGGAAACAACCAACUAAUUGACUAACACCACCACCAACAAAAAACAAACCCAAUCCAACAAGCAGAUGGAUCCGUUGCGUGUAUAUGUUUAACAGACAUCUCUAACAUACAGCCAUUGUUGCACAUUUUGCAAGAUGAACUAUUUAAUGCUGCUCUGUGUCCAGUACAUGGGGGAGAUUUUGAUCCCAAAUGGCUUGUACUAUUUAUGUCACUGUAAAACCAAAUCCUAGGGCUAAAAAAUUCAUUUGUAUCUUGCAGUAUUUAUGAUGAUCGUUUAGCCUUCUUACUGGAGAAUUGACACUUAUUUGGGGUAGAGAUAAAAGUGCUAUUCAAAGUAGCACCAGUUAUCUCUAGAGGUAAUUUGGGGAACUUAAAACGACCUUUCAUUGGGAGUUAUGGGGUCCUCAUUUCAUUUCGUAUCAUGUCCUCUGCAUUGUGGCUUUCUCCAGGCAUGGGUCGAUACCGCGAGGGGUUCAGAUAUUCUGAACUGGCCUCUCUCUUCUGCAGAGGGGUCGUCGCGUACUCACACACUGCAUGGCUCCCCCUGCCUCCAUCACAUUUCUCCACUGAGCAGGGCUUCCCUUGCCCACAGAGGUGGGUGAGGAUAGCAGCACUGGGGUUACGGCUGUGAUUUCCUUCAUUUAUUAUUAGAAUAAUAGUCACUGGUGGGACCUGAGGUAGCGAUGGAGCCGCCUCUGAACCAAGCUCACUUGGUUUCUUUACUGCACUUGUUUUCAUGAGAAAGCAAUUUAAUAUUAAUUCUUUAGGAUGUUCCAGCUUCCCCCAGCGCAUUCCCUUGCAGCCAGUUUUGCAAUCUGCUUAGCGACCUGCCCAUUGUCAUUGAAGUGUGGCUUCUGGGGGAGCAUCAUUUCUUCCAUUCCAUCUCCUGCUUUAGGAAAGACAGUUUUUAGUCCAGGGGUUUCUCACCUAAUGACUGGAUUUCAAAGCCAAGAUGCUGCAGUUGAAUGUGUCAGUAAGUCUAUACAAAGAGUGAAAAGAGACUUUAGCAUGUGAACCAAAUCAAAAUAACUUCUUCCUGAACCAUACACUAGAGGGGGAAGAAGCACCAACCCAUAAUCAGACACACCGAUCUGCCUUGCAGUAGAAGCACUUUGAAGGUAAUUUCACAGUCCACCUGACUAGUUUUGCAUAGAACAAACCACAGUAAGUCGGUAAGCAGAGCUUUCUAUCUUGUUGGACCACUAGAAACUCUGUCCAGCUCUCUCAAGCGUGCUUCUGCAGCAGCAUCCGUAGAAUUUUUGUACUACACCCAAUACCAGACUGGGAAGGCGUAUCUUUCAGUGACCCUGCUAACUGCUAGGAUGAAUGUAUAGUAACAUGUACAGGCUACAUUGUAAACAGCACAAAACAGAAGCUGACAUGUGUGGUUAUUCUUUUUAAGAGAAUUAUAAAUACUGUAAUAUAAUUUUAUUUUAUUGGCAUGCCUUUUUGUAAAUAUAAAUUAUUAACUUAUUAAAUAGGAAAUGGCUUCUGGCUUAUGCCAUUGUCAUGUUUAUUUUUAUUUUUUAUACUUUUCUUUCUUCUUAGAACUUAGAUGCUGUCAGCCAAUGUACAUCCCCAAACCAGACAGACAGACAAAAAAUUUUUUAUUGCUAAUGGUCUUUUCCAAAACAACAAAAAAUAUAUAUUUUUGUUCCAAUGUGCAAUAAAUUCUAACCACGUCUAUGCAAGAUUUGGCUAAACUUAAUAAUUGUUCUUAGGUCUUGAGAUGGGCGACAGAGCUGUAAGAUCCCGCUAAGUACACCAUGUGCUCAUGCUAGUGAUGUCAUUAAGCUACUAGAGCAUAGUGAUGAGAUUUCUCUGAGAUGUAACCGUUUCCCUCUGCUAGCUCCUGACCGCAGCCCAAUAGGCUGUCUCCUCAGUAACACAUGGGCCUUGGUAUCUGGCACCCAUCAGCCAGCCUCAUAGGAAAGAAGCCACCUCCGCUGUAUUUGAAGUUUCACUUAAAAAAAAAAAAAACCCUUUUUAUCCUUCACCCACUGUCCUUCCACCUGCUCACUCACUCUUUCACCCAUCCUGCUCCACACUUCUUUGGUAGUAAAUGACACCAUCACCAGCAGUUUACACCCGCAGUUAACAGGCAUUGAACUGAAAGAAUCAUUGGUGACGUUUGUGUGCAUCUUCGCUGAGUGGGUAAGUGGCAACGCUUUGCCAAAUAUUAACGAAGCCAAUCAAAAAGCAGCAGCAGCCACAGUAUCACUGCACAUAUAUAUAGAUAUAUAUAUAAAUAUAAUAUAAAUAUUUAUUUUUUGUAGCCAGGUCCUUGGUGCAGUAUUUAUACUCCACAAUCCACCUUUUAAAAAAAGGACAAAAAGCAAAAAGAUGUGUGAUGCUGUUAAUUUAAAACGCAGAGCCAAAGCCACUGAGCAGCAGCUGACAUGGUUGCUGGUUUGUGUGUGAAAAACAUUUUUCCCCUCUUCUUUCCUUAACCUCCUUGUUGCUUAGGAUGAGGAGACUCUGUAAUUUAAAGCAGAGGAUGGGAGGAGGAAGAAACUUCCAUGUUAACAUGGCCUACUCUCACUCCUUUCUAAAUGAGCCACUUUUGGCAUCAGAAGUUGACUGGAGAGAGAGAAAAAAAAAAACUCCCAGUCAAAGCUCCUAAAGCGACAGUGCCCAGAGUUCUUUUAUUUUUGCUGCAACCAACGUAAACCUGUAAAAGACCAACAGUGAAGAUUAGUGUAUUAGUGAAUGCAUGGAGGCCAAUGCUGCCCUAAUGAGACGUGAUAAAAAGUCCAUCACUCCUCUAAGCCAAAAGGAAACAAAAUAAAAAUGACCCUUUUUACUGUACAAGGGAAGCCUGUCUUGGUGUGUUUGUUGCUUGACUAUCCCAAUUCUUGAGUCCUGGGAGGGGUCUGGGAAUUGGGACCUUAGCACAUUUGGGGAAAAGAGGGGCAUGGAGGGAAGAGAAAUCAAAGGGACUCUUGCAAAGUUCUGGCUGAGAAGGAGAGAUUGGAAGAAAAGCAAGGUCCUGACCCCCCAGAUCCCCACUCACCCAUUGCAUGUGGCAUUUCCCACUACUGGCCGGUGCUUAGAGGCCCAUAAAACCCCUCCUCACCUAAUCCACCUGGCAGAGCCCUCAGAGAUGACGUCAGCCAACCCAGCUGGACUGGCCUUACUUCUGCCUUUUUCACCUGUAUAUUUAAAAAAAAAACAAAAAAACAAAAAAAACCUACCCCCAUGCCCCAAAGCUAGGGCAUGCGCGAUGCCCAGCAGCCUCCACUCUGCAAGCUCAUACUGGGCCCUGCCCUCCAUCACCCCAGACAGGCCCACAGACGAGGGCUGGUCUCCUUCACAUUUCUGUGGGGGUGGGGGCACCCUUCCCCUUCCUUCUCUCCCUGUCCUCCUCUGGGGACAUCCCUCUCUAGGCCUAGGCCAUGUCUCCUGGUUCAGGAACACUCUCUCAGGAGGAUCUCGAAGUGCCCACUCUAGUCCGCUCCAGUAGCUGCACUCUGGAGCGAGAUGGCUGGUAGGUCAGUCCCCAUCCUCCUCCCCUCGGCCCCCAGCCUCCAGGCCUGCUGUGGAGGUGAGAUCGCCAUGGGUCAUGACUUUCUGACUUGAGACCUGGGCAUCCUCUGUAAUGAUGCCUCUUUCUUUUCUCAGAUGUUGCCCACAGUUUAGCAAAAAGCUUUGUUCAUUUUCAGGUACCCCCCACCCCCUAAAGAAUUGGCUGCUACUUGCCAGCCAGGGGGACAUCAGGAGAGAAGAGGAAGUCUGGGUUGGGAGGGGCCCAAGUUUUGCAACAGAGUUUCCAUUGUUCAGCUCUGUGCUUUCUUGGAUUUCCUUUCCAAGAUUACCAAGAUUUCCUCCAUUAAAACUCCUGAGGCACCCCCUGCCCCUGCCCCCCACUGCUGUUUGCUGUACAUAGAGGCUAAGUGGGGUGGGGUGGGUGGGUGUGCACAUGUGGUGUGUGUGUGUGUGAAGAAUGUAUAUAGGUAAAGGGGAGUGUGGUCCAGUGGUUCCAGAAAAGGGACAGAACUCCUGUGUUCUAUCCCUAGCUUGACCGCUGGCUCGCUGUGUGGCCUUGGGCAAGUCACUUAACCUCUCUGUGCCUCAGUUUCCCCAUCUGUAAAAUGGGGAUAAUAAUACUGACCUACCUCACAGGGGUGUUGUGAGGCUUUAACUCAAUGUUUUGUAAAGCGUUUUGAGAUACAGAGGCAAAGGCGCUAGGGAAGGGCAAAGUAUUAUUGGACUUAAGGAAGCUGAAAUGGUACCAUAAAUGCUGCUAUUCUGAGAGCCAUUUUAAACUGCACUGCUCCAACCACCCCCGCUUCUCAUCACCAGGACAGCAGGUCGAGAAAAUGACUUUCCUUUCACUUGCUUCUGGGGUUUGUGAUUAUUCAAGACAAUUUUUCCCCUUGCUGUAUCUCCUUCCCUCACCUCCUCGACUUGUUCCCUGUUCUGUUUAUGCGGAAAUGGCAGAAAUGCUUGAGAAAUGAGAAUGUGUAAGUGGAUUGGAAGUUUAUAGUAUGAAAUUUCAAUUUUACUUUGUACUGUACAUCUUUUUACUUUAGAAUUUGCAAUAAAGGGUUACGUCAA